AAGGUCAAGUGUUUGACAGUAAAGCAGUCUCUGAUGCCAUAGUAUUAUUUUUCACUACUGAUGAGGAUAAAACAUGGUGGAAAAUAUUUCUUCUCAAACGCUACUCAUGUUGUUCAUUGUUAUCAUAGUUUUAUGCAUUCCUCACUGUAAAACCCAGUUGAUAUAUUACUCCGAAGGAGAUUACUACGAUUUGGAGGAAAGGAUAGUGAAACUGGAAAACGGACCAAACAUAAUUCGGUAUGAGAAUAAAGGUCAACAUAGGUCCAUGGUUGCGUUUACAGCUCUAUUGUCCAAAGACACAACGGUGAGCAGCAAUGCUGUUGUUAAAUAUGAUCACGUGUUGACAAAUUGGGGCGGGGCCUAUCAACGGUCAACUGGUGUUUUCACCGCCCCCUAUCAUGGGCUUUACAGCAUUUCCUGUAGCUUGAUGAGUCGAAUAAGUGACUAUGCGAAUGUGAAAAUCGUGAAGAAUGGCGAAAAGAUGUCCCAGUUGUAUUCUGCAGGUGAUACAUUUCCACAUUCUGGCCAGACUCUACAGCUGUUGUUAAACACGGGGGACAAAAUCUGGAUCGAGAAUACAUAUAAUCGAGAAGCAGAGCUCAAUGACCACGCAUCUUAUAAUGUCUUUUCUGGUUUUCUAAUUGCCAAACUAUAAAUCUAUUUAAGCAGUGUAGAACUUCGUGAAAGACAAACUUCAUCGAUUUAUGUAUUGAUUCCUACAGCUGGUUUUAUCUCAUCAUGCUCGAAAACAAAUCACAAGAGGUACCUGGGCCCAAAAUGCGCACCUGAUGAUUGACAUUAAAUCAAAAUGAGGAUAAUUAGUGAUAUAUGUAAAACUGUUUUUAAAAUUGUUUCUGCGGAAGACUAUAGCUGAAUGCGGGUGGCAACAGUGAACUCAAGGGUUGUCUUCUACGUUCAGGCAUAGCAACGGUACAAACUACCCUUCCGCUUAUAAGAUUGGUGGGUGUAAGUAAGAAUAAAAGUUGUCGCUCUAGUUCAAGAUAGAAAUCACACUGACACGGAACAACCUUAAACGAUACCCUAGCACUUAAAACAAGCAUAGACAAUGCAUAUAUUGCGUUUAUGUGGCAGUGUUACGUAUUGUAGAACUUGUAUAUUUAUCAAUGGGGUAUGUGUCGGUAAAAAUCAAAAAAUGAUUAAUUCAGGGUAACAAAAGAAAAAAACUAUUAUUCCGAAUCUGGUUUAAAUCUUAACAAAAAGCAAACUCACAAUUCUUCUAGAUUGUCACCUAAGGCUGAUUAAAUGUAAUUGAUUGUUUUUCAAUGCCUUUAGUAUGCAGAUAUAGACGUAAAAUUUUAACAGGUCUCUCACAACCAUGCACCAACACGAUGCAUAUAUUGUCCUCGCAUAUAUAUGAAAGGUGAAGAUAACGAACAGUGAUAGUUCAUAUUUUUGUAAUGGUAUAUUUGCGGUCAUAAUUACUUUCGGGCUAUCUCCCUAAUUGAUGUACAUUUAUUUUACAAGACAUUUAUUUAUUUCUGGCAACAAUAAACAUGUCAUUGAUGCAUUGAUA